AGCAGGUCCAUUGAUUUUACCAAAGAAAUGCCAUUCCGGCCUCGGCGAACGAUAUCGGGAGCUCCUUUUGAGAAUGGCAAUAGGUAUAUGAACAACCUCCUUGCACCGGAAGGUUAUCAAAUCGUACCUCAUCAACCUUCACCAUGGCCGUCUCUACUCAAGAAGAGCAAAUCCAACCUCAAGAACAACCCACAAAACCAACCAAUGGAUCUGACAACGAACGAGCCAAAUACAUUGGUCCACCCCUCCCCUUCGUCCCCGAAGACCUAGUCAUUCAAGACGUCCUCAACAUCGACGACUGCGACGAGAAACUCUGGGUCCCACAGGCUGAAGGCGUCUGGUUCCGGCCACUCCUCUUCUCUGUUUCGCACGGCUACUUCGUCAACCUGCUGCGCGUGCGAAAAUCCGGCAUUCUGUCUCGCCAUCGACACACUGGACCCGUUCACGCGACUGUUCUUCGCGGACGAUGGCAUUACCUCGAGCACGAUUGGUGGGCGAACGAGGGGAGUCAUGCCUUUGAGCCGCCGGGCGAUAUUCACACUUUGGAGGUCCCUGAUGAUGUUUCCGAGAUGGUGACCCUUUUUCACGUAACUGGGGCUUAUAUAUACGUGGAUACUGAAGGCAGGACGCUAGGAGUCGAAGAUGUGUUCAGUAAAUUGGAAAAAGCGAGGGAUCAUUACCGUAAAAUGGGGUUUCCGGACAGCUACAUAGAGCAGUUCGUUCGAUGA